CCCCACCCGUUCCAAGAAAGACCCUAAAACCUUCAUGAAACCCUAGGUUCUUGAUCUCGGACCUAUCUUCGUCCUGUUGCCCUCGUUUGGAUUCCUCAUCCGGUGCGUCCUGUGUCGAAUAACCGCGGCGUGCCGGAAUUCCUUCGGCCUCUCUCCCUGUGCGAUGCCGCCGCGGGAGGAGAAGCUGCGGUGCACGAAAGAACCCUAUAUCGAGGACGUCGGUCCUCAAAGAAUAAAGAGUAUUCGGUUUAGCACGUUCUCGGGCGAGGAGAUAAAGAAACUAGCGGAGGUGCAGGUGUGGAACAAUCGAAUCUAUGGGAUUGAUUUGAGACCCGUGGAGAAUGGGUUGCUUGACCCUAAGAUGGGUGCUGCUAACAAAGCCGGAGUUUGUGCUACAUGCCAUGGGAAUUUCACUGAGUGUCCUGGACAUUUUGGAUAUCUAAAGCUGACACUACCUGUUUUCAAUGUUGGCUUUUUCAAUUCUAUUCUUAAUGUCUUGAAGUGCAUCUGCAAGGCCUGUGCUAGGAUACUUCUGUUGGAAAAUGAUCGGAGAAUUUUUUUGAAGAAGAUGAGAAAUCCUAAAGCUGAUAUAUUCAUGAAAAAUGCUCUUAUGAAGAAAAUCAGAGACAAGUGCAAAAUUUCUAUUUGUCCUUGGUGUGGAAGUAGAAACGGUGUGGUAAAAAAAGCAAGAUCAUCAUUCGCCAUUGCUCAUGACUUUUCAAGAAGUGUUGAUGAAAGCAUAGAAGUAGUCCGUGCUGCAUUAUCUCACAUUAAAGCUAAAUCAUCCUUUCAAAUUGUGCACGUUUUAAGUCCAGUUACUGUUCUUUCUCUUUUUAAAAGAAUGGUCGAUGAGGACUGUGAAUUGCUUAAUCUUUAUGAUAGACCCGAUAAAUUAAUCGUGACAACUAUUGCAGUGCCACCCGUGGCUGUCCGCCCUUCUGUUUUUGUUGAUUUUGGAAAAUCAAGCAAUGAGGAUAGUAUCACUACCAUAUUGAAAAAUAUAAUCAACACCAAUUCUAUUCUUCGAGAGGAUCUUGAAGGUGCUGCUCCUCCAUUCAAGUGUUUGGACUGCUGGGCUCACCUUCAAAUUCAAGUCGUUGAAUAUAUAAAUAGUGAAGCUCCUUCAGUUCCUGAUUCAAAACAUCGAGGACUUAUUCAGAGGCUCAAAGGGAAGCAGGGACGCUUUCGUGGUAACUUGUCAGGAAAACGUGUUGAAUUCACUGGAAGGACUGUGAUUUCUCCUGACCCGAAUUUGAAAAUUACAGAGGUUGCCAUUCCUGUGCUUAUGGCUAAGAAACUAACUUAUCCAGAAAGAGUUUCUGCCUAUAACAUAGAAAAGUUAAGGCAGCGUAUAUGCAAUGGACCUGACAAAUACCCAGGGGCAAACUUCAUUUUAUUAGGUGAUGGCACGAAGCAGCAUUUAAGGUAUGUGGACAAGAAAACUGCUGCUAGUGAACUAAAAUAUGGUUAUAUAGUAGAAAGGCAUUUAGAAGAUGGAGAUGUUGUUCUUUUUAACAGACAACCAAGCCUGCAUAGGAUGUCAAUUAUGUGUCACAGGGCAAGGAUAAUGCCUUGGAGAACAUUGAGAUUUAAUGAAUCUGUUUGCAACCCUUACAAUGCUGAUUUUGAUGGUGAUGAGAUGAAUUUACAUGUUCCUCAAACAGAAGAAGCUCGUACUGAAGCUCUUAUGCUCAUGGGGGUCCAGAAUAAUUUGUGCACUCCAAAGAAUGGAGAAAUAUUAGUUGCUUCCACUCAAGACUUCCUGACGUCAUCCUUUCUGAUUACAAGAAAAGACACAUUCUAUGAUCGAGCUGCAUUCUCUCUUAUGUGCUCCUAUAUGGGUGAUUCCAUGGAUCCCAUUGAUUUGCCUUCACCAGCCAUUAUCAAGCCUAUUGAGCUCUGGACUGGGAAGCAGCUAUUUAGUGUUCUUAUACGCCCUAAUGCACGUACAAAGGUGUUCUUAAAUCUUAUGGUCAAAGAGAAAAUAUAUACAAAAUCUGAGACUAUGUGUCCCAGUGAUGGAUACGUAUAUUUCCGUAACAGCGAGCUUAUAUGCGGGCAACUUGGGAAGGUUACUCUAGGUAAUGGUAACAAGGACGGGCUGUUCUCUGUUCUCUUAAGAGACUAUAAUUCUCAUGCUGCUGCGAGUUGUAUGAAUCGUUUGGCAAAAUUGAGUGCCAGGUGGAUAGGAAACCAUGGAUUUUCAAUCGGUAUUGAUGAUGUCCAGCCAGGAGAACAUCUUAAUCAGCAAAAGAAGAAGAAAAUUGAUGAAGGAUAUAGAGAAUGCCAUGAACUUAUUUCCUUAUACGGCAAAGGGAAACUUACAUUGCAGCCUGGUUGCAAUGCCGCUCAGACCUUGGAACUUAAGAUAACUGGUGUAUUAAACCAAAUUAGAGCUAUUGCUGGAAAUGUUUGUAUGAAUGAACUCCAUUGGAGAAAUAGCCCUUUGAUUAUGUCACAAUGUGGUUCUAAGGGUUCUCCCAUCAAUAUCAGCCAGAUGGUUUCAUGUGUUGGUCAGCAGUCAGUUGGUGGUCGUCGUGCUCCUAAUGGAUUUAUAGAUCGAACUCUUCCACACUUCCCUAUAAAUUCGAAAACUCCAGCUGCUAAAGGUUUUGUUGCUAAUUCAUUUUACACUGGUUUGACGGCCACCGAGUUCUUCUUCCAUACAAUGGGUGGACGAGAAGGUCUUGUCGACACAGCAGUAAAAACUGCAGAAACUGGAUACAUGUCUCGCAGAUUGAUGAAAGGUUUGGAAGAUCUCUCCAUUUAUUAUGAUGAGACAGUGCGCAAUGCUAGUGGAGGUAUAGUGCAGUUUCUUUAUGGAGAUGAUGGCAUGGAUCCAGCAAAGAUGGAAGGAAAGGAUGGCAUUCCCUUAAAUAUGGAUCAGUUAUUUAUGAAAGUUAUGGCUACCUGUCCUCCUAGAGAACAUGACAUGUUAUCUCCAACGGAAGCUUUACGAAUUAUGGAUGACAGACUGGCAAAAUAUGAUAUGUCCCCCGAGGGUGGUUGCUCUGCUGCCUUCAAGAAAUUGCUCUCUGAUUUCGUUCAUAAGCGUGUAUCUGCAUUGGCAAACAUGAGGAAAUCACUUAAACUUGAUGAAACUGAUAUGGGGAGAAAGGAUUCCACUGUGUUGGAAAAUGUUGCUGCUAAGAUAUCUGGAAUUAGUUCUAAACAACUGGAGGUUUUCUUAGAGACAUGUAUAUCACGCUAUCACUCCAAAAAAGUUGAAGCUGGAGCAGCCAUUGGUGCAAUCGGAGCUCAAAGCAUAGGAGAACCAGGAACACAGAUGACGUUGAAAACAUUUCACUUUGCUGGAGUUGCUAGCAUGAAUGUCACACUCGGUGUUCCUCGUAUCAAGGAAAUAAUAAACGCCUCCAAAAAUAUAAGCACACCAAUUGUUACUGCUACACUUCUUAAUGGUCGUGAUGUUUUAUCUGCUCGUGUGGUGAAAAGCUGUAUUGAGAAGACCGUCUUAGGGGAGGUUGCUAAAGCAUUGAAGAUUGUGUUGAAAUCUAGUCGACCAUACAUAGUCGUCAAACUUGACAUGGAUCUAAUUGAGGCCUUACAUAUGAGGGUCUCUGCUGAGUCUGUGUGUCACUCAAUCCUAAACCAUCCAAAAAUAAAAUUGAAAUCUGAGCAUAUAAAUAACAUAGGCAGCGACAAGUUGAAGAUCUACCCCCCAGAAGCUGAUAGAAGAAAGCUUCAGUUUGAAAUGCACUCUCUAAAAGCGAUGCUUCCAAAGGUUAUUGUGAAGGGUAUUCCGACUGUUGAGCGUGCUGUCAUCAACGAAACAAAUGGAGUAUACAACCUACUGGUUGAAGGUACAAACCUUUUAGCUGUCAUGGGUACUCCAGGAAUUGAUGCAAGUAAAACAAGAAGUAACCAUGUCAUUGAAGUUCAGCGGACACUUGGAAUUGAAGCUGCAAGGCAAUGCAUCAUUAAUGAAAUACAAUAUACCAUGCGUGGCCAUGGAAUGAGUAUAGAUACUCGCCAUAUGAUGCUUCUGGCAGAUCUAAUGACCUAUAAGGGAGAAGUGCUUGGGAUUACAAGAUUUGGCAUUUCAAAAAUGAAAGAAAGUGUUCUGAUGCUAGCAUCUUUUGAGAAAACUGCAGAGCACUUGUUUAAUGCUUCGUAUGGUGGAAGGGACGAUCAAAUAGAGGGUGUUAGCGAAUGUAUUAUAAUGGGCAUCCCCAUGCAACUUGGAACUGGAAUACUGAAAGUUAGACAAAGGGUGGAGAAGCUUCCUGAAUUGAAGUAUGCACCUGAUCCAAUUAUAAGUUGAGAGAUUUAACAAAAGCUUUUGCAGCAUCAACAUGUAUUUUUCCGUCAAUGCUCACCUGAAGAUUAGUGCUUCUCUGAUCUACUGGAGGAGUCUGAACUAAAGAAAAAUCAUCGAAUCGAUACAGGCUGCUUUGUGAAUGCACGUCUGCCUGCUGGAGGAUAUAGAAGCCAGAAAUUGGUGCAAAUAACAGCAUCAUCACGAAUGGUGAUGGCUACCAGAAGCUGCUGCUGUCAACUGUUUGAAUCAGCUAUAUAGAUAUACAUUGAGAUUUUUCAUUAAUCCUUUUUUUUUUUGUGUUUUGGGGUGCGCUGGUUGAUCAUACAAAAAUCUAAACAGGUCAUGUUUCUUUCAAGUUGGAACUGGGUUGAUUUUGGUUAAACCAUCUCUGUUUGGAGCAACCAAAUUAAUAUUCUAUGAAGGUCUCUAACAACUCUAUAUCUGUA